UCAACUUCAGACUCAGGAGUCAGACUCAGACUCAGAGUCGGAGUCAGACUCAAGACUGCCCGGGCCCCCAUUCCCAUUUCCAAGUUGCAUGCAAGAGGUUGCAACCAACUUCUGGAAUUUGAAUGCAACGGGCACGCAACUUCCCCGAGGCAUUGGAGGCAGCUAGGCAAAGCCACAUAAGAUCUUAGGACGCUGUGGCCCCCGCUUCAAAUGAUCUUUAGCGGAGGAGGUGAAAUCGUCAAGAUUGUGCCCGUUGUGCUGCAGUCAAUGCGUUUUCCACGAGCGGCCGUGCUUCAACUCUGUCAAUUACUUUUGCACCACCGCCAAUUGAAGGACUUGCCAGAAGCUCGCAAGUGCGGUGUUGUCAAAAUCCUCACUCGCUUGGUAUGAUCUUUCACAUAUCCAAACCCUCUAGCACGAAACGCUCAUGAUUCGGCUUUCGUGUUCAAGAUGAGCUUGUCGUUCCGCAACCUAUUCAGUGCUCUGAAUCUGGAGCAGCCAGAGGAGGAGGCCGCAGAGUUGGCGGCUCAUGAUGCAAAGAAGGCAACGGGGGGCAACCAGUCAGGGAAAGGGUUUAAAACAGGGGAGAAGAAGGAGCAGGACCAGAAUGGUUUGAGGAAAACGAGGCUGAAGUUGCCCCUUGUGUGGCUUGACCUUGAGAUGACGGGCUUGGAGGUGGAAAAGGACCAGAUCAUCGAGGUUGCCUGCAUCGUCACGGACGGAAACCUAGAAAAGCAGAUCGAGGGUCCGGACCUUGUCAUCCACGCCCCUGAGGCAGCACUAGACUGCAUGAACGACUGGUGCAAGGAGCACCAUGGAAAGAGCGGGCUGACGGAGAGGGUUCGGAGUAGCACAGUGUCUAUCGAAGAGGCGGAGGAAAAGGUGUUGGUGUUUGUGCAAGAGCAUACAACGCCCGGAGCGGCGCAGCUAGCGGGGAACUCGAUCCAUGCGGACUUGGCGUUCUUGAAGCGGUAUAUGCCCAAGCUGGCGGCACACUUCUCACACGUGUUGGUGGACGUGAGUACGUUGAGGUCGUUGGCUCGGCGAUGGUAUCCGAAAGAUGCGGAGCGAGCACCCGUGAAAAAGCAAGAGCACAGAGCUCUUGCGGACAUCAGGGAAAGUAUAGAGGAGUUGAAGUACUAUCGGAAAAACGUUUUCAAACGGACAAAAAGCGAUGCCGCUGGUACAUAGCUUCUGAUAUUAUUGGUAUCCCGUCUUUUUUUCUUCCCUUAGUCGACCGCACACCUUAGCUCUAGGCAAGCAGUCUGUAUCGAUAUCUAGGCAUGUACAUACAAAGAGCAGCGCAGAUUGUGAAUUUGGCACUGACAGCAGUCCUCUCUCUGCCGUCCUGAGUAAGGGGGCCAGGUGAGCAGGAUCAAGCACUUGGCGGCAUUGCGGCUUUUUCUGCCUGAGAACAAGUUGUCUGGUCGAAAAAGUUUGCUGCGGGAGACUCGUUUUCAUUGUGAACACCAGUCGCUGCAGACUGCAAGACCAGACAGGCCUUGCGCGGACUAUGAUGGG